AUGGCCGCCAGGGCGGCCGCCGGGGCGGCGGGCGGGCGGCGCUGCCUCUGCGCGGCGCGAGGCGGCGGYGGCGGCGCGGCCGCCGAGCGGCCCGAGAAGGGGGUCCCGGCUUUCCGCCCGCCCCCGCACUCCCGCAGCGACUGGAUCGGCCCCCCCGACCGGCGCUCCAACCUGCGGCCCAUCGUGUUCCACGUGCCGCCCGACGAGUCGCGCCGGGAGCGGCGGCUGCGCGAGCUGCGGCAGGACACGCAGGCCUGGAACCAGCGCUUCUGGGCGCAGCAGAACGUGGCCUUCCAGCAGGAAAAAGAAGAAUUUAUUUACUCAAGACUGAAAGCCAAAGGUCUGAAAGUGAAAGAUGAAACAGGUCAAAGAACAACRCUGAAUGCAGAAGAAAUGGCUGACUUCUACAAGGAUUUCUUAAGUAAAAACUUUAGAAAGCAUAUGCGUUAUAACAGAGAUUGGUAUAAACGUAAUUUUGCUAUCACAUUCCUCAUGGGACAAGUAGCCCUGGAGAGAGCUCUGAGGUGGCUUCGCUGGAAAAAGAAAAAUCUUGGAAAUUAGUCAUCACAGCUCCGUGAAGAAUAUGGUACUGUAACUAGGUCUGCUCAUUUGUUACCUAUAGUGAUGUUCAGAACCUGAAUGUCUAAUGCAAUAACUACCUUGAUCUGUUAGACUAUGUAAAUGAAAAUUGACACUGUUCUUAACUUAUAACCACUAUUUAUAUUACCUUUUUUUAUUCUGAAAAUAUCUUUUUUCGAUACAAAAAAUGCACUUUUUUUAAAAAAAAGUGACAACUGUACAAGAAUAUAAAAGGUGUUCUGCAACAGUAGCUAUCCUCACUAAUACAAUGUGAUCAUGUAAAUACGUUAGUGCUGAAGGACUAAGUAUGAUUUGUGAAUCUGCAUAGACUCUACGUGAUUUUGCAUUGUUCAUCUUUCAGUGUGAUUAAAUCCCAUUGCUAAGGAAUACUUGAGAAAUGGUUUCAUGUAAAUGACUACGGCAGUAGAAUCUUCUUAAAUAAUUUUGUUUUCUUUGGAAGAAAUUGAUGCCCCUUGGACAAGAGUUCCUCAAACCUCUUUGGUAAAGAUAUUUAGCUGGAGAGCAGUAAAGUAGGUGCACUUAAAAUCUUGAUGGAAGAGGAAACUGAUACUUGGCUGUAUAUUUGUACUAAUAAGCAGUGAUUUCUACUGUUUCACCAGUUUUUUUUAAAGCACUCAAGCAAGUUGUGUGAGGAAGAUUUUCUAGCCUUGAAGGAGGCAACCGCUAUCACUUAGAUAAAUAUUGAUUUUAAGCRAAAUCUUACUACAGCCUUGUAUCUGUCCUUUUAAAAGUUCCAUUUUAUGCGAUUAAAUACAUUGGUCUUUUGAUACAGUGCCUAUUAAGCUCGUUCUGUUUAAAAAAACACAAGAAUGAUGCAUGUUUUCAAACAAAGCAUCUUGCCCUGAAGUCAUUUUGUAGGGAAGGUUCUGAU